AUGCCUCCAAGGAGAAACAGGCCACCCGCUAAUUUUCAUGAGCAAGAACUAGAAGAACGUAUUAUAGCACGAAUGGAGGAGAGGAUGGAUCAAAUGGUUGACCAACUGACUGAUAGGAUUGUCGAACUGAUGAAUCGAGGAGGGCAAAGGUCUCAAACACAUUCUCAAGUGGAAUAUGGUGAAUUUGGGAACCCGUUCGGCGGCACUGACGGUUCAUAUUCUGAAGACGAUCUAGAAAGGCGGCCAAGGCGUGAUCAUAAAGGUGACAAUAGGCAUUGGGAGGCCAGAAUGAGAAUUGAUAUCCCAGAAUUUGAUGGGGUCAGUUUGAAUCUGGAGGGGUUCAUCGACUGGUUGGCUACUGUUGAGGAAGUUUUUGAGUUCAAAGAAGUCCCUGAAAACAAAAGAGUGUCAUUGAUUGCUACCAGGCUACGUGGUAGGGCAUCUGCAUGGUGGCAACAACUGAAACUGACACGAGACAGGCUCGGAAAGUCAAAGGGUGCCAAAUCAGUUGACAAUCACACAACUGAGUUCUACCAAUUGAUUGCCCGAAACGAUAUCCAAGAGACAGAGGAACAACUCGUUGGUCGAUAUAUUGGAGGUCUACGGGUCCAAAUCAUGGACUCUGUAAAUAUGUUUCACCCGGUAUCUAUUUCUGAAGCGCACCAACGGGCGUUGGCUUUUGAGAAACAAAGUCGUCGGGUGGGUGGUUCGUCUUCAACUGCCAAUACUGGAGGAAGUUCCGGGACGGGUGGUAUGGUACCCCGUGUUUUUCCUAAUCAACAAAGACCGACAUCUAACAAUGUUGUACCAAAUCCUGGGACAACUAUUAGUAGCAGCUUGAAGUGUUUUAGUUGUGGGCAGACAGGUCACCGACAAUUAGAGUGCAAGAAGGUCGGAAAACGUCAUUUGUUUGCUGAGAAAGCUGAUUGGCAAAAUGAUGAUGCCGGUGAAAAUUACAAAGAUCCCCCUGUGUAUGACGAAGAGCAUCAAUGCGAAAAGGAAGUUGUAACUGGAGAUGUGGGGGUAAAUUUGGUGGUAAGGCGGUCUUGUUUUACACCAAAAGUUGUUGAAAAUCGCCCUAAGCCUUACAAGCUACAAUGGCUUAAGAAAGGUGGCGAGGUCACUAUAUCUAAACGAGCCCUUGUUCAAUUUUCUGUUGGUACCACGUAUAAAGAUGAUGUAUGGUGUGAUGUGGUUGCUAUGGAUGCUUGUCAUUUGUUGUUGGGCAUACCUUGGGAGUAUGAUCGUAACAUUGAUCAUAACGGGCGGACUAAUACUUACAAUUUCUUGUUUGGUGGUGUGAAGAUAACAUUGGUUCCCAAUCAUGAUUCAUUAAGACAUAUUCGCAUUCAAGAUAAGGUGUCACAUAAACAUGGGAGGUGGAUGUCGUUCUUGGAAAAAUUCACUUUCGUGGUGAAACACAAGUUUGGGAUGUCAAAUCGGGUGGCUGAUGCAUUGAGUCGGAGGAGUAAUUUGCUAGUUUCCAUGAGGGUUGGUGUGCCGGGGAUGGAUGUCCUCAUCGAGCAGCUAACGGUUGAUCCUUAUUUAUUCUGUUGUUUUGCAGGGUAUACAAUCUGGACAGAUGUCUGA